CCACGUCAGCAGUGCCACGUCAGCAGUGCCACGUCAGCAGUGCCACGUCAGCAGUGCCACGUCAGCAACAGUGCCACAUCAGCAGUGCCCCGCCACCAUGACAGGCUCAACUCUGGGCAUGCCAGGCCAACUGGCCAACGAGUCCAUUGCUGAGUACAAACAGCGGUUCCAGACUCAGCUCGCACUGAUCGAGGCUGAGGAACAGCGCCAGGUGGCAGCCGAGGCUGUCCGCCUACAGGCUGAAGUGGCGGCAACAGCUGAGAAGCAGCGGCUUCAGGCCGAAGCAGACGCAGAUACCCAGGCACGCCGCAAGGAAGCCCAGGAUCUGCUACAGCGGCAUGAAGCCACUAGCAUCGAAAAGCUCAAGUUUUGGCACUUUGAACCAUCCGAAGGGCACGAUGAUGCAACACCGGAGGAGCAGCACAAGGAAUUCAUGGCCAAGCUCGUGACCCGGUUGGUCUACACUUGUAACCACCUGCACUCCGAGCUGGCGAACCUCCAGCGGGCCGUACGGAACCACAAGGCUCAGCACGAGGAUGCAGCACAUGCACUUGAUUCCCGUGUACAGGACUUGGAGCAAACUGCACCAAGACCGGAGGCUGGCGAGUCCAGCAGUGCACCCUCUGCCCGCCAACUGGAGGAACGAGUUGAUCACGUAGUCGCAAUGCUCGGCGACAUCAGUACCUUCGCUGCACCAGCCACCAUCAGCAAUCAGCUGGACACCUUGAAGACCGAGGUUCAGCAACUGCACCAGCUGCCUAACAAGGAUGGCAACGCCGUGCAGCACUACAAGAUGUCGACAUUCCAGAUCGAGAAGUUCGAUGAUUAUACACAUCAAGACCCGUUGAGCCACCUGGCAACCGUCCACGGCGUCGACGUCGCAGAUCUGAAAGAUAAGAUCUCUUGGGAAGAGCUAACACGGCUAUGGAAGAAGCGGCUCAUCGUGGACGACGCCCCGGCGUUCGCCAUCAACCGCCUCUUCGCUAUGACGCAAGGCAACACAUCGACACGUGACUGGCUCACGGAAUGGCAAAAGGUCGCGGCAACGCCCGAUCUUGACUUGCCAUUUUCGCAUCUGCGCCGCGAGUUCUACAACCGGUCAUGUGCCGCCUUGAGCCUUGCACUUGGUGAUCGCGAGCAAUACGCGACCUUCGCCGAAAUCAUCGACAAGGCAAGGGAGAUCAUCAAGACCAAUAGGACAGCUGCACAUGAGAAAUCAGCAUGGCAGCCAACCUAUGUGGAGAAGGUGAAAACUGGUCCGCGGCCGCAGCAUGUCGCUGCAGUCCAAUCGGACAACAUUGUGGAAGACCCGGCAGCCACCCAAGCGUCACGUGAGGGAGAUCAGGUGGCUGCUGUCCAGCCGCGAAGCAACAACAAGUCCCGAGGGAACGGGAAGGCAAAAACCGCAUCGCCGACCGGAAACGGACAGCCAGCACCAUGGGUCAAGUUUCACUUGACCGAGGCAGAAUACAAGUGGCGCGGCCGCUACGAUUGCUGCUAUUGGUGCAACAGCACCAAGCACAAGACCUCCCAAUGCCCGGAUCAAGGCAAGGAGGAUGUUCGGCCUCUACCAACUCUGUUGAUGGACACCGGAGUAGAGGUUGUCAACCUUCACGCCUGCAUUGCGAAGAUCGACCACGAGUUCAAGACACAACGCGAGGAUCACCCGGUGAACUUCUACCGCCGCACCGUUCACGUUCGUGAUCGGAAUGGAGUACUAGUCCCAUGCACGGUGGCUCCUCCUCACCCUUCGAUCAACUGCCACGUGGUGUCCGCCGCAAGCAUGCGAGUUUCCAUCAUCAGAGACGACAUCGAGGAGAUGGGGGUGUGUUUUCUCCACGCCCUCCCGCCCCAUGACGCUUCAUCGACGGACUCAUCUUCGGACCCACGCAUCACCGAACUUCUCGACGCCUACGGCGACGUGUUCGAAGGCCCGCACGGAGUAGUACCGGAUCGGCCCAUCCGCCACGAGAUCAUCCUCGAGGACGGGGUUGUACAUCCGCGUGGUUGCAUCUACCGAAUGAGCGAGGAAGAGUUAAGUGUGCUGCAGGCACAACUCGACGACCUUCAGGAGAAAGGCUGGAUUCGGCCUAGCUCAUCGCCAUAUGGUGCUCCUGUUCUCUUCAUCCGAAAGAAGAACAAGGAUUUGCGGUUGUGCAUCGAUUAUCGCAAGCUCAACGCGCAAACGAUCAGAAACGUCGGCCCUCUUCCACGCAUCGACGACCUUCUCCAACGGCUGGGCGGCACCAAGUUCUUCUCCAAGCUUGACCUCAAGUCGGGAUAUCACCAACUCGAGAUUCGGCAGGAGGAUCGCUACAAGACCACGUUUAAGACGCGAUAUGGGCAUUUCGAAUGGUUGGUUAUGCCAUUUGGCCUUACGAAUGCCCCGGCCACUUUCCAAGCGGCUAUGACAACGGAGUUCCGACACAUUCUGGAUCGAUUCGUACUUAUCUACCUCGACGACAUUUUGGUGUACAAUCGGAGUUUGGACGAGCAUGUGGAGCACCUGCGCACCGUUUUGGAGCGGCUACGACAAGCCAAGUACAAAGCCAACCGCGACAAAUGCGAAUUCGCAUGGCAAGAGUUGGAGUACUUGGGACAUUAUGUGACGCCGCAAGGCAUCCGUCCGCUUGCGGACAAGAUCGAGGCCCUCCGCGUAUGGCUCGAGCCCACCACCACGGACGUCCGUUCAUUCAUGGGGUUGGCGGGCUACUAUCAGCGAUUCAUCACCGGGUACUCAAGAAUUGCUGCACCUAAGACGAGAUUACAAUCGCCAAAGGUGCCAUUCGUAUUCGAUGACGACGCACGCCGAUCAUUCCAAGCACUUAAGACGGCCAUGCUCAUGGCACCCGUCCUUAGCAUCUAUGACCCCAUCCUGCCUACGAGAGUGACAACUGAUGCUUCCGACUAUGGUAUUGGGGCAGUCUUGGAACAACACGACGGCGACGACUGGCACCCUGUGGAGUAUUUCAGCCACAAAGUGCCUCCCAUCAAUUCGCUUGAUGAUGCAAGGAAGAAGGAGCUGCUCGCGUUCGUGAUGGCUCUCAAGCGAUGGUGGCACUUCCUCCUUCGGCGUCGUAGGUUCACAUGGAUCACGGACAACAACCCAUUGACCUGCUACAAGACGCAGGAUACAGUGAGCAGCACAAUCAGACGAUGGAUGUACUUCAUCGACCAAUUUGACUUCACACCGAAACAUCUCCCCGACUUCUCCAAUCGCGCAGCAGAUGCACUCUCGCGAAGACCUGAUCUUUGCGCAAUGACCCAUCAUGCCUUCGCAUUCGACGAGGAACUUCAGCGACACUUCAUCCGGGGCUACGAGUCUGAUCCGGACUUUGCCACGUUGUAUGCGCAGCUAUCUUCGGAUCACCCGCCGGCCAGCCACUAUCACAUUGCCGACGGGUACUUGCUCCUCCACUCGAGAGGCAAGGACUUACUAUGUGUCCCACGAGACCGUCGUCUUUGGACUCUCCUUCUCGGCGAGUACCAUGACUCGCGACUCGCCGGCCAUUUCGGAGUCAACCGCACUAUCGCACGGCUUCGACAACGAUUCCGAUGGCCCGACCUCAUUACCGAUGUCACUCAGUAUUGCGACUCUUGCGAAGUUUGCCGACGAAGCAAGCCCCGCAAUCGCAACCCCUACRGCGAGUUGCGCCCGAUGCCUAUCCCACRGGAACCCGGCCUCUCCAUUGCCAUGGAUGUCACCGGACCAUUUCCCCGCGAUCGCCUCGGGCACGACGGCAUCCUCACGGUUGUGGACCGAUUGAGUAAGUACGCGCGUUUUCUCCCUUGCAAGUACUACUCCACGGCUCCCGAGCUGGCCCGCCUCUUGCACACCGGUUGGAUUUGCGGCCACGGUGUACUGGAAGACAUAGUUAGCGACCGCGACACUCGCUUCAUGUCGACAUUUUGGACUGCUCUCAUGCAGGAGUCCGGCACGAAGAUGAAACCAGGUUCGGCUCGGCAUCCACAGACGGACAUGCAAACGGAGCGCGCACAUCAAACCGCCCAAAUGAUGCUUCGUACGCUCAUCCGUCCGGACCAGAAAGAUUGGGUUGACCGCCUCCCCGACAUCGAGUUCGCCUACAACACUUCGGUGCACCCGGCGAUCGGCGUGACUCCAUUCGAGUUGCACCACGAUGGACGGAAAGGUCGUAUCUUCGCCGACCUUCUCCUACCACGACUAGCCGACAUCGACACCGCUUGCUCUCCCGCUUCCGUCCGGAAGUACAGGGAAUUGCUGGCUCAAGGCCACGCCAAUAUGCAAAAGGCUAAAGUCCGCAUGCAGCAGCAAGCCAACAGGCGUCGCGUGCCAUGUCCCAUCCGCGUUUGGGUCUCCGCGGAAGAGUUUGCACUGGAACAAGAUGUUUCACGCAAACUGCUUCCCAAGUGGUUUGGACCAUGGCCCGUAACAUCAACCGCGGGCGAUGAGCCCGAUGGCUCUUCAUUUGUGAUCAACAUCCCCCCGCAUAUGAUGGUCCAUCCAGUCUUUCACGCCUCGAAGCUGGCAUACACCACCUAAGAGCGACGACUUUUAGGGUCGAUGAUCGCAGGACCCUCCAUCUAUGGAUGGUCAUCAGGAAGUUGACCGCGUCAUCACGGAUCGCAAGUACGGCAGU